UUUCUUUUUGUGUUCCUCAUCGCCAGUGAUGGCGAGCUGCGGUUGCCAUUCUUCCGGGUGUGCGUCGCUUGCGUCUCCGCGAAGGUGUUGUGGCAAUGCAUCAUAGAGUCCCUGAGGAGGUUUUGCGUGGUGUUCUUUUUUGUGUCUCUUGUCUUCCCUCUGUGGUGCGCUGCAGCUGAUGUUGUGCUGUGUUUUCAUGUGUCGCAUGCUGUCUGCAGACUGCUUUGCCUGCCCCUUUUCAUUGUUUGGAAGAGCCUGCUGGCUGUGCACAGAGAGAAUUUAAGAAAAAUAAGAGAAAGAGGAGGAAACAUGUCCAACGAUGCUCCUGCUGUGGCUGUUGCUUCGCCCGUGAAGAAGGCCUCACCCCGGAAGGCUUCCCCGAAGAAGUCGGCUGCGAAGAAGACCGUUAAGAGGACUGCUCCAAGGAAGGUGGCCAAGAAGCCAGCUACCAUGAAGUUAGACUCGAAGAAGGCUUUGUGGAAGAAUGCGAGGAAGUUAGUUUCCAAUAAGGAUCCGAAGACGAAGUAG